AUGUGGCUCUCCAGAGUCUUCUCGUCGGCCGUCUUUCUCGCCGUGACGAUAUCGUCCAUCCCUCUCGCGUUCGAUGUCGGCGGCAAGACGUGCGCGCUCCUGGUUCCGUUCCUCCUCGUCACCGUCAUCCGAUCCACGCAAUGGAUCUUGAUUCCCAUCCUGUUGAUCUGGUCCCUGAAUCGCUUCUCGGAGGAUGCGGGGAGUAACGGCGGAUGGGUGGAACGCACCUUCAGUGGGAAGCGGACGCCGGAUAGCUCUGUUCAGGAGUGGCUCUUCGGUCGUGACGGUUUGGUCGAGAGUGUGACCCUGGGCAACUGGGACCGACUCUUGAGAUGGUCAACUCCCGUCUUUCAGCUCGCCGAGGGCUUUUGCAGUUUAUUGGUGAUUCAGGCUGCCGGGCAAAUUACUCGCUGGCUCGUGAACCGAGGCGGACGAAGCGACAGCUGGAUGAUCGGCCUCCUAGUUCUUUCCGCUACCGUCAUUUCGAGCUCUGUCUACUUCCUCUGGCGCGUUCUUCAGUUCCCUGAGAUCUCCAAUGUGGAUGCUGCUCUGAUCGGCGUCUCCAUUACGUGCGCAGUGAUCCUGUGUGCUUGGGGCAUUGGCAGUGGGCGUGGAAACCCCGUAGAGAGCUCUCUCCUCUUUGCGUACGUCGUUCUCUGCAUCUAUCAGAUCUUCACAGAUUAUCAGCCCUCGUACCCUGUGGAGCACACACCUUCACCUUCGCAGGCCGGCGACUUCCCUCCGCUCCCGCCUAUCAUCAUGGCGUCGUACACCACGCUUAUGCACGCGUUGUCCCUGCUGCCUUCGAUCAUUCACGCAGCCUUCAAUGUGAUCACCGCUGUUUUCAGUGCAGUGACACCAUCAGUUCUGAUUUCACUCGCCUACCGACUGCUCGUGCUAUAUGCCUCAACACGAAUAAUUCCUGCUGUGCGCGGAUCUGGGGCCCGCGCUCUCUCCCAGGAAGCCUCUCUCGAUGACUCGGACGCGGCCGGUCAGCUUCUGGGCUUCUUGAGCUAUUUUGCACCCACUAUUCUUGUCGCUGUCUAUACCAGUCUUCUGAUGCAGCAUUUCUCAUCGACCUCUCAAGCCAUGGGGGGCAGCGGCGAGUGGUGGAGCACACAAGGCGCCGGCGGUGGCAACUUGUGGAAGUGGAUCAAUCUAGCCUGCACUACAGCUCUUUACGCGGUCGAGCUGUGGCUUGGAGAGCACGAUGACCUGGACAAUGGUCUAGCCGGUCACUGGAAGACCGACUGA